GUUCUAUAAAUAAGCUCCAUCAGUACUCGAGCCUGCAGGGAUAAAACAGCUGCAUGAGUAUACAGCCUAGUAGAAACUAAAGAUGGGAGAGUUAGAGGGAAAAGAGAUACACUCAAGCUCUUCUUGGUUUGGUUGUACCACUCAAUGCUUCCCUAUCUCUUCUUCUUCUUCAAAGUCACCGUCUUCAGACGAACAAACUUCUGACCAAUUGUCUAAAGCAACCCAAAGAAAGCCCGGUGGAUGGAAGUCCAUGCCCUAUAUCUUAGGGAAUGAAACAUUCGAGAGAUUAGCCACUAUAGGACUGCUGGCCAACUUCACAGUAUUCUUGCUGACACAAUUUCACAUGGACCAAGUGGAAGCUUCAAAUGUUAUCAACAUCUGGUCCGGCAUCUCUAACUUUGCGCCUCUCCUUGGUGCCUUCAUUUCUGACGCCUACGUCGGCAGGUUUCGGACCAUUGCUUUCUCCUCCUUUGCUUCCCUUCUGGGAAUGGUGACCAUGGUUCUAGUUGUCUCUAUACCUCAGCUACAUCCUCCCAAAUGCACCCCAGAGCAGACCCGCCUGGAUCAAUGCAAGGGCCCCACCACUUCUCAAUUCGGUUUCCUAGUCCUAGGACUAGGGUUUCUAACCGUAGGCGCCGCCGGAAUAAGGCCAUGCAGCCUUCCCUUUGGUUUGGACCAAUUCGAUCCGACUACAGACGAAGGAAGAAAAGGAAUCAACAGCUUCUUCAAUUGGUACUACACAACUUUCACCAUAGUCCUUAUCAUUGCCCUAACCGUUGUUGUCUACAUUCAAGAUUCCGUGAGCUGGAUUCUUGGUUUCGGAAUCCCUACCGGCCUAAUGCUCUGCUCGAUUGUAUUGUUCUUUGUUGGAACAAAGCUCUACAUUUACGUGAAGCCAGAGGGCAGUGUUUUUUCCGGCAUCGGGCAGAGUGUAGUGGUGGCUUACAAGAAGCGGAAACUCCAGCUUCCGGCCGACGACAAAGUCGACGGCGUUUACUAUGAUCCACCGCUCAUGGGAAGCUUCAAGUACUCAAAGCUACAUCUCACCAAUAAGUUCAGGUUCUUAAACAAAGCUGCUAUGAUAUUAGAAGGUGAAGUAAAGCCUGAUGGGUCAAGAACAAAUCCAUGGCAACUAUGCAGUGUUCAGCAAAUCGAAGAGCUUAAAUGUCUCAUAAAAGUUAUCCCGAUAUGGGUUUCUGGUAUUAUCACUUUCCUAGCCAUGGCACAACAAGGCACUUUCACAGUCAACCAAGCCCUCAAAAUGGACAGACAUCUCGGUCCUAAUUUCCAGAUUCCAGCUGGAACUUUAUCUGUUAUAUCUAUGAUCACCUUAGGCUUAUGGAUUCCUUUUUAUGAUCGCAUUCUCGUUCCAUUCCUCCGAAAAAUAACAAAAAUCGAAGGCGGAAUCACGUUACUCCAGAGAAUCGGAAUAGGAAUAGUUUGCUCAAUCCUGUCCAUGGUUGUUGCUGGGAUUUUUGAACAGAUGCGAAGAAACUCGGCUAUUAAAAACGGAAAUAUCGAUGGAAUUGCACCCAUCUCGGUUAUGUGGCUUGCGCCGCAGCUUAUACUGAUGGGAUUUUCGGAAGCGUUUAAUAUUAUUGGACAGAUCGAAUUUUAUUACAAAGAGUUUCCGGAGAGUAUGAGAAGUUUGGCCAACUCGCUAUUUUUCAUCACAUCGGCCGGGUCGAAUUAUCUGAGCACGGUUUUAGUGACUGUGGUCCACAACUCCACGGCUAAAAACGGCAGGCCGGAUUGGUUAACGAAGAAUAUCAACGAGGGAAAAGUGGAUUAUUUUUAUUAUUUAAUCGCGGUUUUGGGAGUUUUUAAUAUGGGGUAUUUUCUAAUAGUUUCUCGGAGUUAUUGCUACACAAGUAGCAAUAUUGUUCUUGGUGGGGAGAAUAUGGAGCAUGAUGUGGAGCUCAAUGACAUCAAAAAAUGAAGCGCUAUAAUUAGUUAAUUAGCUAAAUGUAAUUAGAAAUAAUUUGUUGUUAAUGGUACGAUACAUCCAGAAAAGAAAUAAAGUAAAGCAUUUUGUCUAGA